UUCAUAAAACUCUCACCGGAAGUCUCUCUGUUCCGCAAUCGCUGCGACACCAAUGAGUCGGCUUUUGCUUCCUAAACUUUUCUUAUUCUCUAGAACACAGGUUCCAGCUGCAUCAUUGUUCCAUAAUCUGUACGGACGUGACAGACGCUUUGUUCAUUGGAUGAGUGACAUGUCACACGAUGGUGUAAGAUCAUCCACAACUGGUGUUUCUGCUUCUGGAGCUAGAACAUUUUGCUCCCUAGAAGAUUUAUUAGCCAAAAAGUGUGUGCCAUGCAAUUCGAAGGAUCUGCGCCCCAUGACUGAACAAAGUGCCCAGGAUCUACUUCAAAAUGUUGCUGGAUGGGAUUUAGCCAAUGAAAAUGAUACAUUAAAGCUGCAUCGGUCUUGGAGAGUGAAAAGUUUUACAAAGGGGCUAGAUUUCUUCAAACGUGUAGCUGAUAUUGCUGAAUCAGAAGGUCAUCACCCAGAUUUGCAUCUGGUCGGCUGGAAUAAUGUGAAAAUCGAGAUAUGGACACAUGCUAUAGGUGGUUUGACGGAAAACGACUUCAUUCUUGCUGCUAAGAUCAACGAGCUCCAAGUGGAAGAUCUUCUGAGGAAGAAGAAAGUUGCCAAAUGAAAUGGAAUUGAAAUGAAUUCUGCAAGCUAAAGAAACAUAGUAAAAGACUACUUCAGAGUUCGACAUAAAUAAGCAUCUUGAGCUCUUUAUUGGGAUGUGUUGGUCUUAAAACUCUGUGAAGUUUACGCGAGCUAUAAAUCUAUGUAGGAUGAGAACAAAAUGAUAGAGAGAUUAAUGUUCCUUCUGCGUAUGUGGUUCUUGUAAACCAAAAUCUCAAACCCAUAAAAUGAGGCAGUGGCUUUAAGUUUGUAACAGGUAUCAUUCAUUC